AUGACAACCCCACCAGUAUGGCGACACCUGCCUGUCUCGCCAUCGAUGGGCUUGCCUAACCUCCUGAUUUCAACGAACUUCUCGGCAACGUCAUACACGAUACACAUCACAGAUCUAGCAAACAUAUGGGUAGAGUCAUUGGACCGGAAGGCCAUCUACAAGCGCAGUCUCAACGAAUCCACCAGCAUCGACCCGACGGACAGUGAAAGCAAUAUGCGUGCCUUCCUGUCUAAAAUCAGAUCCGUCUUUGACCCUUCUCACCCAGACCAUGACAAGGCAUCCAUGACAUUAUCAACCAGCCCCAGCAAAGAAGCAGGAGAGGAGAGCCUGACGCUGAAUAUCAUCUGCGAAUUGGAAAACAUGAAGCCUUUAGAAUGGCCGAUGUAUCUGCAAAAAUGUUCCCAGUCUGAGCUCGCUGCCGAACUUGUUGUCCCACUCGCACAAGCACACUCAUUCGGACUUAGACAAGUCGAUUUCCUCAAGGAGACCAUCAAGCAAAAGGAUACUAUCAUCAUGAAGCUUCUCGACAAACUUGAAGCCACUGGAACCCGCUUGGAAAACAUCUUUACUGUCUUGUCCGCAAAGCAAAAGCCCACAAGACAGAUGGCCGAGCAAAAGGUCAAAGGGCUAGCACCCUUCCGGCCUGACCACUGGAAGGCUCAUCUGGAUGGAGACCAGGAGGACAUGUCUACUCUUGUCCGGGGCGUGUUUGGUGCCGCUGGACUCGAGUACCGCCGAAAGGCCGACGCACACGACACCGCGUCGCUCGACAAUUGGUGGACCGAAUUACAGCCUUCGUGUAUCCAAAUCGUGGAGUCAAAGCCAAGCUCUCGCCAAAGUCAGCAGGGGGCGUCGUCUUCUGCGUCCGGGCAGCAGGAAUCCAAGAGUAGUGAAACCAAGGACGGCAAGGUCGCGGCCGAUGACGACGACGACGACGAUGACUUCCAGGUGCAGUCAACGCCACCUCAUAUCAUGUCAACUCGCAAGCGUCCUGCGAAACAUUCAUCCGGGGACGACGACGAUAGCACCGAGGACGGAGACGCCUCGCUGAUACCCGACAGCGUACCGGCACCUCCACCGGAGCACAAGGCCCAGCCUUCACGAUUGGGAACAAUAGGAAAGAGACAUCAACCCAUGCCCACUCGCGCCCCAUCGCCUCCAAAGGUGCCAGAACCAGAGGGUUCGGAAACCGAGACAGAGUCUGACGAGGACGCUACCGCCUCUUUAGCUGAGGCAUCGUCGCCGCCUCAACAUGUCGAACUGCAGUCUGGUACGAAGGGUCCAAAGACUGGUCUUGGUGUUAUCGGAGGCGAAGCUCGCGGGUCUAAGGCUCCGGAUUCUCCACGAAAAGGAGCUCUGGAUCGCAUCGGUGGAGACUCAAAGCAUUCCAAAUCACCCGAGCCACCAAAGAGAAACGGGCUAGGUCGGAUUGGCGGAGAUGCUCGUGCUCUCAAGACGCCCGAGCCAACAGCUCCAGCUACGGGAGAGCGAGGUCGACCCCGAGAGGACACAAACCUUCACGAGAAACCCAGGGAAACUUCGCAAGAACGGGCGGAUAGGAAACGAGAUGAGCUGCAGAAAGAGUUGCAGAAAAAGGCCGCGUCAGGACCGGCGCGAAAAAAGCGGAAGUUCUAA